ACGUUCUGCAUUAAACCCUUUAAAAUCUUUACAUUACAUUUGCAUUAUUUUUUUUUAUUAUUUAACGAUCAAUGAAAUGACAAUUAAAAUAUUGUUCUGUUCAUCGAAUGCCUUUGUUACUGUACCUCACUCUAACUUGGUUCAUAUUGUAAAACCCCCAGCAUGUCUCAUGGCACUUUAUUCCUUAUUCCUCAUGUGAAUGUAAUAUAUAUAUAAUAUAAUGUUUAAUCGCAUUGCUUUGAGUUUGUGUUCAGAAAUACUGCACUUUUCUCUGUAAAUAAUGCUCAGACAUGUUGAAAGUAUUAGCCGUGACAUGAUUGUAGCGCGCGUGUGUAACAUGUCAGUUUAUUACAAAUAGAAAUUAAAGUGUCAGCAAAAUCGUGGAGUUAUAAAACCGCAUCAGGAGAGAGGUUUUUUUUUUUCUUCUUAAAGGAGCCGUAUGGGAUUUCAAAAAUUUUAUUUAACAAGCGCCCCCUGCUGUCUGCGAGGCAAAUUCUACCUGAGUAAACCUGCAUGAUCAGUUGGCCUUUGAUGGGGGAAGAAGAAAGAGGCGGAGCUGUGCAGCUCUGAUCAGCUAAGGAUGUGGGUGGGGCUAAUUUCAGGGCCAGAAAAAUGUACACUACAAAAAUGUAUAAAGGUCAUCUCUAUCUGUAAACCCUUAAGAGUUCUAUAACAGAAUUUCCCUAGCAGGUCUUAUUAAUCCAGCAUUCAUGCUGCAUUAUAAAUGAAUUUAUAACGUUAUAUAGCAUACGUGAUACCUUAUAACCCCUGACAUACUGUAAAUCUGUAUAUAUUUCAUUAGCAGUACUAAUUACAUACACAACACGUUUAAAGCAUGAGUAUUUGACUACACAUAAAGCCUGUAACAAGUUCUUAUAAUGCUUAAGAUAAAGGAUAAGGUAUCAUGCUCAUUCUCAGGCCAGAGAAGUGUACGCCUCUAUGUACUGCCUGUACGACCGCUUUACAGCCGAGGAGUUCCCUACGAGUCAAGAUUUUAGGAGCACUUCUUAUGAGUCCAGUAUGUAUGCAUUUAUAGCAUGUUAUAAAGCAUGCAUAACACCUUAUAGCUUCAAUAUAUCUGCAUAAAUGUGACCAAGAACAUCAUCGGAUUUUCAGAUUAGAUUUUUAGGUCAUAUUCACGCGGAUAAGACUUUAUACAGAAGGUAGCUAUAAUUAUAACUUCUUAUUAACAUUUAAAGACAGUUCUAUCAGACAUCAUAACGCUCCAAGUCAAGUGAUCAUUUUUAAAAAUGUUUUUAAAUGAGAGUGGAAUUUUAUUUUCAAUACGCAAUCCCUUAUAAAGCACUAUGAGUUUCGUUGAUGUGCUUUAAGUGGCUCUAUAGAGUGCUAUGCGGGGGUUCACAGGUCAUUAUGAGCCUUUAUACGCUGUAGGGUGUUAUACGGACAGAUUGAACGGUUGCCGAGAUUGUUAAAAUUUGCAAGUCUAAUAAGGUUAGAAAUGAAUUUAGGAUACAUUAUGAAUGCUGGAUUCACUUCAAGGUGUUAUGAAUACUUUAAGUAGGCUAAAACUCUGCUCUGAAGGCGGAGGUCGCUGCUUGGCUCAAAUCUUGGUGUUCGUUUUUUGUUAGUCCUGGCGUGUAAACGUCCUCCUGAUAAAACGUCCGCAGGAGUUCAUUCGCACAACACCAGCUGUGGAGCUUUUACAGGUUCGAGCUGUAGGAGACGGAGUGGGAAUAAAUGUGCGAUGAAGUUUGGGGCCUUUCAGAAACGUGGGUCAAGAGGAGUUUAACGCUGUGCUUUAUUUGUGCCGGACUCGAGGGUGAGUCGGCUGUGUUAUUACCUCCUCAUGAACUCUGGAUCGGUCCACUAGCCCACAGCCAGGCUUCAGGUCGUGGCUUUAUUAGAUGGGACGUGACGUGUCUCGUGCAGGCUCGGCAUGUCCUCUGUGGUCUGGUGGAGAAAUGAUGAUGUGCCAAAUUUAAUCUUUCAUUUUUUUUCUUCUACAGAUGUUCAUAUGAUGUUGUAAUGCCUCGCAGCUUUGAUUCUGUUAAUACAAGAAUAAAACAAAUUUUAAAAAAAAACAGGCCACUAUGUUAUCUUCUCGUGCCUGAAAAAAAAAUUAUAUUCGACUGUGUACGAACAGAAAUACCUCACGCUCGUGUUUCUGUAUAAUAACACGGAGUACCGGAGUCAUUCAUUUAAAAUAGAGCUGAUCACACUGAUAGUCUUACUGUGAAGAGCUCGUUUGAAGACGUGACCGUCUCGUUGAACUCGAGUGAUUUAAUUUCAAAUGGUUUUUUUUUUCAAUUUCUCGUGCAGUAGUGUAAAACAAGUAUAAUAAGGAGAAUACAGAAUAACACCGUGAAUUAUGUCUCUUUUAUAUGAAGAAUAAUGUAGAAUGUAAACCGCAAGAAAAUCACUUUAGACGUUACGAUUUAUGGAGCUGUCAGAUAUCUGACGUGUCAUUCUAAUAAAAUGUAUUUCAAAAUAGUACGUUUCUUUUUCCUUUUUCUUUUUCAUUCACUCAAAACCACGCUGACCCUGAGCUCACGAAGACAUUAUGAUUACGGUUAUGCUUUAUAACCUGUUAUGCAGGUUGGUAUAAAAACUUUUGAGCAUUUAUACAGGCUUAUCAGGCAUUAUAAGGCUUUAUAAAGCAUUAUGCAGGUCAUUAUAUCAACUUAGCAUUGAUACUCACUUUUAUCAGGCAUUGUAAAGCCUUAUAGAGUGUUAUCCUGGUCAUUAUAACUACUUGUGAGCAUUUAUACAGACUUAUCAGGCAUUAUAAGGCUUCAUAAAGCAACUAUAACUACUUGAGCAUUUCUACAGACAUCUGUCAGGCAUUAUAAGGCUUUAAGACAAGGCAUAGGCUUAAUAAUAUGUUAUGCAGGCAGUUAUAACUACCUAUGAGCAUUUAUACAGACUUCGCUCAGGCAUUAUAAGGCUUAAUAAGUGUUAGGCAGGUAAUGAUAACUACUUGAGCAUUUCUACAGACGUGUCAGGCAUUAUAACGCGUUAUAAAGUGUUAGGCAGGUCAUUAUAACAACUUAGCAUUUAUCCUCACGUUUGUCAGGCAUUGUAAGGCCUUAUAGAGCGUUAUCCUGGUCAUUAUAACUACUCGUGAGCAUCUACACUGACGUGUGUCAGGCAUUAUAAGGCUUUAUAAACUGUUAUGCAGGUAAGUACUCGUGAGCAUUUACACAGGCGUUAUAAGGUGUUCGCAGACGUAUCUAUUGACUCCUAGGAAUAUAUCAGAAACGUCAGGGGGUUUUUAUCGCAGUUUUCUGUGAACAUGCCGAAGCAGAGCAUCGCACUCAUCACAUGUGGGUUUAAUGAAAUCCACUGGAAGCUUUGAGUUGAGACUAAUCCCUGUACCCUGGGGAUGAGUGUGUUUACCGAGUCCGAGCCGAACACAGCUCUCUCAAUUCCCACACAUCAAAGGAAGUAGGGUUUAUUUAUUUUUCUUGUGAUUGAACACAUUUUUUACCUUCAGCAGACCGAGCGUCGCACACACAGUACAGUCAUUAACUAUUAGUUAUUAUCACUGCAACACCAAUAUUAAUGCGACGUGUUGCAUUCGAUUAUUUUAAGCUUUUCGGUCUUGAUUAAUAUGAUUUUAAGAUCGCAGUCAGUAUGUUGAGUUAUCUUGCUAUUUUUGAUCCGUUAUUUCAGGAGAUAUCAUUAUUCUGACUGAAUAUCGUGUUAAUAUCAAGAUACAGCGAUAUGAGAUCUGGAAAUAAUGAGUUACUCAAUCAAAAUAACGCCGUACUGCUCUAUCUUGAACCAGUGAGAUAAUACGUCGGAAUGAAAACGUACUUUGAAAUAAGUUUUUAAUCAAAAUAACAAGGCGAUAUAUUGAAAUAACGAGACAGUCCCAGUAUUUGUGAAAAUAACGAGAUAUUAAGCGAAAACAACAGAUCAUGUAGGUAUUAUCUCAUUACUUCAAAAUGUCUCGUUAUUUAAGUCAAAUAAACACGAUUCAAAAUAACCGCAUAAUAUCCUGAAAUAAUGCGGUACUGUAAAACCCUUAAUUAUCAAGUGAGCUCUUAAAGAGUUCUCGAAGAACCUUUCUUUUUUUCCCUUCAAUACUGCGUGUGUUAAAUGUGUACGUCUGCAGCGCUAACUCCAAAUUAUUAUUGCUUGAUAUUUUCUUCAUCAUAUCUGGAACCCGGCAGGAAGUUAACAUUUGGAGAACCUGUCUCGGUAUACUCUUAUUUUGAAGAAGAAAACAAAGGCUUGUUUAAGGGUUCUUGAGGGACUCAUUGGAUAAUUAAGGGUUCUCAGAUUCCUAAAAGAAAGACACCUGGUGUUGAACCUGAGACGACAAACCGAGAACCUUGCUGAUUAAGAUAAGAUGAGAUAAGAUGAGAUGAGAUUAGAUAAGAUAAGAUUAGAUAAAAUGAGAUAAGAUUAGAUAAGAUAAGAUUAGAUAAAAUGAGAUUAGAUAAGAUUAGAUAAGAUGAGAUGAGAUAAGAUUAGAUAAAAUGAGAUGAGAUUAGAUAAAAUGAGAUAAGAUUAGAUAAAAUGAGAAGAUGAGAUGAGAUUAGAUAAGAUUAGAUAAGAUGAGAUGAGAUAAGAUGAGAUAAGAUUAGAUAAAAUGAGAUAAGAUUAGAUAAGAUGAGAUUAGAUAAGAUUAGAUAAAAUGAGAUGAGAUUAGAUAAAAUGAGACUAGAUGAGAUUAGAUAAAAUGAGAUGAGAUAAAAUGAGAUAAGAUUAGAUAAAAUGAGAUGAGAUAAGAUUAGAUAAGAUGAGAUGAGAUAAGAUGAGAUAAGAUAAAAUGAGAUUAGAUAAGAUAAGGUGAGAUUAGAUAAGAUUAGAUAAAAUGAGAUGAGAUAAAAUGAGAUAAGAUAAGAUGAGAUUAGAUAAGAUUAGAUAAAAUGAGAUGAGAUAAGAUGAGAUGAGAUAAGAUAAGAUGAGAUAGUACUUUAUUAAUCCCCAGAUGGAGAAAUGACAUUAAACCUCAUGGGACUGCUGUAAUGAGUAAUAAACUUCCUGUACAUUUGCGCAGACGUGGUUCAAUCCUUUUUUAUUUGGAGAAUUUACAUGAAAAUCAUUUAAAUUUUUUAGUUUUUUCAUUUUGCUGACCUGGCUGUUUUAUGUGUAGUGUUUUUCUUUAAUUAUUAUUAUUAUUAUUAUUAUUAUUAUUAUUAUUAUUAUUGUUGUUGUUGUUGUUGUUGUUUUUAUUUCUUGUACCCUUUAAUUCGAUUCGGUCAAUGCAAGUAUGUUUAAAUGUGCUUUAAAAAAUAAAACUUACUUACCUUUGUGACUGACCUGUAAAACGAUCAGAAUA